CGUCGAACCGCGGGGCAUUGUGGGGCGGAGGCGGCCUUUCUCUGCGUCCAGGGCGAACGAACGGGAAAUCUUCAAGUAAAUAACGUAACCGAGGAGGGGGAGAGACAGAGCGAGCGGAACAUAUCCAACCACCUCACCGACUUGUGUCGAGCCCGCGCCUCGAUUAGAUUCAUAUUGGAGAAGAAGAACCCGCGCUACCUGACGGACAUGGGGCAGGAGGAUCUCAUGAACACCGCCGAAGACGUGGCGGAUCAGUUCUUGCGGGUGACCAAACAGUACCUGCCCCACCUGGCACGUCUGUGUCUCAUCAGCACCUUCCUGGAAGAUGGCAUCCGCAUGUGGUUCCAGUGGAAUGAGCAGAGGGACUACAUUGAGGUGACCUGGAGUUGUGGCUACUUCCUGGCCACAUGCUUUGUGCUGCUUAACCUCGUAGGACAGCUGGGUGGCUGCGUCCUCAUCCUCAGUAGAAAUUUUGUACAGUAUGCCUGCUUUGGAUUAUUUGGCAUCAUAGCGCUGCAGACUGUCGCAUACAGCAUUUUAUGGGACCUUAAAUUUUUGAUGAGGAACCUUGCCCUAGGAGGUGGUCUGCUCCUGCUGCUGGCCGAGUCUCGUUCGGAAGGGAAGAGCAUGUUUGCUGGAGUCCCCUCCAUGGGAGAGAGCUCGCCAAAGCAGUACAUGCAGCUGGGCGGUCGAGUGCUGCUCGUACUCAUGUUCAUGACUCUGCUGCACUUUGACUCCAACUUCUUCUCUAUCCUGCAGAAUAUGGUGGGAACUGCCCUCAUCAUUCUCGUAGCCAUCGGCUUCAAAACCAAGCUAGCGGCAUUGACCCUCGUCGUUUGGCUGCUGGCCAUCAACGUCUACUUCAACGCUUUCUGGACCAUCCCCGCCUACAAGCCCAUGCACGACUUCCUCAAGUACGACUUCUUCCAGACCACCUCCGUCAUCGGCGGCCUGCUGUUGGUGGUGGCGCUCGGGCCCGGCGGCGUGUCCAUGGAUGAGAAAAAGAAAGAGUGGUAGGCAAAGGGGCGAUGGAAUCAGAGGAUAGCCCCAGCACCACUAACUUCCCCCCACGACCGGGACACAAAGACCCUCCCUCUCCUCGAGUCCCCCCCCCCCACACCAGGGUAUACUUUUUUUCUAGCAUUUUUUUAAUUUGGCCAAAUCCACAGACACAUUGUUUUUUUUCUUCUAUUCUCCAGCAAACUGCUUUUUUUAUUUUUUACUAAUGCCAGAUAUUUUUUUUUAUAAAUCGUUAAAGAAGGCCCAUGUAAUUCAAACUGCAAAGACAAAUAAUUAUUGGAUCAUAAGUGGAAGAAAACGUUUAUUUGCUCUGUGUCCAGGAGAUGAAUGAAAAUAAUUUAUUGUAUUUUAUGGGUGAUAUUUUCAUACGCUAUCAUAGAUGGAUUUUCAUAUUAUCUGAAUAGAACUGGUUGAGCGGAGAGGGUACUCAGCAUCACCCACCCCACGGAUGCUGAUCUUUUUCUGUCGUUGGAUCUCGGAGUGUCUGAGACUUUCUCACCACAUUGAUUCUGAAAUCUUUGGCACUCGUUUGACAGCAACUCGCAGCAACUCUGCAGGUUUCAUCUCCCCACUAUUUUUUUUUUUAAUACAUCUGUACAUCUUCAGUGUCAACUGACUCUUGUUCAUGGGGAGCUGAAUCUGGGGGGGGGCGGCAUGUACAUUGUAUAGUGGUCGAUUGCAGUCGUGCUUGAUUGAAAAUUUCAAAACAAUUGUUAGCUCCAGGACUUUAUUAUUGGGCACUUUGUACUGUACGUCUUUGGCAAAUGCCUCACUAGUGAACUGUAUAUGACCGGGGAUAGUAGGAGGAAGGCUCGACGUUUGUGAAACACCAUAUUCUGAGAUCUAGAAAAUGAAACUGAGGACUACGCGGAGUCACUUGUCACCUGAACUUAAGUGUUUUUGCCCUGUGUAAGAAAAUAAAAAAAAUAUUCAGUGUA